AUGCUUCAGUGGAGAAGACGACACUGCUGCUUUGCAAAGAUGACCUGGAAUACCAAAAGGUCUCUGUUUCGCACCCAUCUUAUUGGCCUGAUCUCUCUCGUAUUUCUUUUUGCUGUGUUCCUGUUCUUUAAUCAUCACGACUGGCUGCCAGGCAGGGCUGGAUUCAAAGAAAAUCCCAUGGCUUACACUAUACGAGGAUUUCGAUCUACAAAAAGCGAGACAAACCACAGCUCUCUAAGGAACAUGUGGAAAGAUGCCGUACCUCAGACACUCAGGCCUCAAACAGUCACCAACUCCAACAACACGGAUCUGUCACUGCAAGGAGUAACUGGUUUGGAAAAUACACUUAGUGCCAAUGGAAGUAUUUACAAUGAAAAAGGUACCGGGCAUCCAACUUCGUAUCAUUUCAAAUACAUCAUCAACGAGCCUGAGAAAUGCCAAGAGAAGACCCCUUUUCUAAUAUUGCUCAUAGCUGCAGAGCCAGGCCAGGUGGAAGCUAGACAAGCUAUUCGACAAACUUGGGGUAACGAAAGCCUGACACCUAGCAUCCAAAUUGUUCGUAUUUUUUUGCUGGGGUUAAGCAUCAAGAUAAAUGGAUACCUCCAGCGUACCAUACUAGAGGAAAGCAGACAGUACCACGACAUCAUUCAACAGGAAUACUUAGACACCUACUAUAAUUUAACCAUCAAAACUCUGAUGGGAAUGAACUGGGUUGCAUCUUAUUGUCCACAUGUUCCAUAUGUUAUGAAAACUGACAGUGAUAUGUUUAUCAACACUGAAUAUUUAAUACACAAGCUUCUGAAACCAGAACUUCCUCCGAGGCACAAGUAUUUCACAGGUUAUUUAAUGAGAGGUUAUGCACCUAAUAGGAACAAGGAUAGUAAGUGGUAUAUGCCACCUGAUUUGUAUCCAAGUGAACGUUAUCCUGUAUUCUGCUCUGGAACUGGUUAUGUUUUUUCUGGAGAUUUAGCAGAAAAAAUCUUUAAAGUCUCCUUAAGCAUCAGACGUUUACAUUUAGAGGAUGUAUAUGUGGGGAUCUGUCUUGCCAAGCUGCGAAUUGACCCUAUGCCUCCACCCAAUGAGUUUGUCUUCAAUCACUGGCGAGUUUCUUACUCCAGCUGUAAAUAUAGCCACCUAAUUACCUCCCAUCAGUUCCAACCUAGUGAACUGAUCAAAUACUGGAACCACUUACAACAAAAUAAGCACAAUGCCUGUGCCAAUGCAGCGAAAGAAAAAGCAGGCAGGUAUCGCCAUCGUAAACUGCACUAGAAGGACAACGCUCCCUCUGUCUCAUGUACUCCAUGUGCAAUUUGUAAAUACCGCUGAACGCAUGUACAGUGAAAAUGGAUGAGCUUAAUGGGACAGCCUUUA